GUUAUCUAAUACACACCCCGCUGAGAUUAUCCCUCGACAUCUACGCCUGACUCAACUCGCUAUCGAUAUGCUCUUUGUGUUCCCUUCUCUCUUGCCCGCCAAUUCCUGCACACGACUCAACCCGGUAUCACCUAUCACCAAUUCACUUCUCCCAAUUCAGGAUAUCCAGACCACAACUGUCUAGAAAGGACAAUAUCUCUCAAGCGACACCAACAUUAUGUUGAAUGUACGAGCUCUCAAUAAGCUCUUGACUGAAAACGUUGACCAUAAGGUCUUCGUGCGCUGGUUCAUCAUGACGCCGAAUGGAUCACUGAUGGCCUAUACUCUACCUGCCAAUAUGAAGGAACUCCGAGAUCAAGUCGCACUAGUAUCAAUCUCCUGGAAAGAACAUCUGGAACGCAAAGACAACGAGAGAUUUGAACCGCAAUAUAGCCAAGGCGGUCCUAACGAGCCAUCAAAACGUGUAGUCCGAGCGGACGCGCUGGAAACGCUGACUGUCGAGUUUGACAACCGGAACCUGAUAGUCAAGUAUCUGCAGCCUAAAUUACUGCUGGUUCUUGAAGGAGGCGUACCGCCAGGAAGGAAGCGCGAGCUCAAGGUGACGGCCGAAGCACCUGGAGAUUCGCGGUACCCAUCCGAAGACUCGAGUGGAGCGGAUGCUAUGCUUGGGACAUCAAUUGGAUCAAAAGCGUCAACGACAGUCAGCAGCACACAACGGCUUAGUGUUCUUCACAUCCAGCGAAGGAAGAUGGAGAUGAUGACAGAAACGAUCAAACGAGAGCUGGCUGGAUUCGAGAUGCCUGACGAUCCAAGCAACAAGUUCUUCUAGUUUGCCGAGUCCUUUGCAGAAGGCUGGAGUGAGACAGUGGAUUAGUCGAUGGUCAUGUGCAAGGGGAGAUUACGACAGUCGUGCUUUAUAGAUACCACAUGUUUUUGGCAAUGCGAGCGUCCAGCGAGUUCUUCUCUGUAAUUUAUUUGGGAACAGCAUCGAGUUUUGGGAGGAGAAUUACACGAGGAUAAUGAAGUUCAUAAAGAGAUAUGCACAAAGUCAGAAGUGAUGAUGACGUGCAGCUCCCCAGUGACGUUUUAGAGACAAG